AUGACGUACUCAGUAACUCACACGAAGGGCUCAUCCUCAACCCCUUCCUACACCAUGACAUUACCUACGAAAGGCGGCUUGCUUUCCACACGCAAUGAUGUAUCUCACAAAGACACGACACAAUCACUCUUCCAGAGACUCAAGGGCCAACAGCUCGUAAUUCCAGACCUGAGACCGAUGUUCUCGCAUUGGUCCAGCGGAACGAAUGAACAUUACAUGCGGAUGAAGGAGAGCGUAGAUAAGAAGCUGUCGCUGAUCCUGCCAAGCGAGAAGCACCAGAAGGCCGUCAGUGACGCCGAUCCAGCUCUGCUGGCAGCCAAGUGGUGGCCGACAUCCUCCUGGGAACGAUACCAGACGAUGACCGACCUCGUCAUCUGGUUCGGCAUCUGGGAUGACUACGUCGAGAAACUAGCCUGCCCCCUCGCCGCACAGGACUUCCGCGUGGCUACCAAGAAAUUCGUAACACAGAGCCUGGGCCUGGCACGUCGGACAGAGGCUCCUGCGGCGCCGGUCCACCCGCUGAUUCAGAGCUUCAAGGGAAUAGCGGACGAGGUCUGCAAGGCGUUCGACCUGGAACAGCGCGAGCAGUUGCUCAAGCACUUUGACCAGUACAUCGACGCCACGGAGUUGGAGGCCGAGUUCGAGAAAGCCGAGACGGUGCCGGGGCUGGACCAAUACUGGGAGGUGCGAACCCUGACCAGCGGGAUGGGCACGUUGUUGGGCAUGUCCGAGUUUGCGUUACAAGUCAAGCUGCCCAUGCACAUCAUCACUUCCCCAGCCUACGAGACAUUGUGGGCCGUGACCAUAGUCAUCAACUCCAUCGUCAACGACUUGAUUUCCUUCAAAAAGGAGAUGGCCGCCGGCAGUGUGCUCAGCUCGGUGGCUAUCCUCUUCCACCAGUCCGGCGACCUCGACCUCGCCGUCAAGCUGUCGGUCGAGUACCUGCAGCAGCUGGUCGACCUCUACGAUACGACGGCCGAAGUCUUGCUACAGGAGGCGGCUGCGGGCCAGGAUGCCGAGGUGCAACAGGCGGUCUCGGAGGUGGUCGACCUCUUCCGCAUGGUCAACACCGGAAACCUCGAGUGGAGUCUAGGGGCUAAGAGAUACGGUGUAAACGAGUUCAUUCAGGAGGAUGGAAGCAUCGAGCUAUAUCUGUGA